AUUAAAUAAUAGGGCGCCCGUCGGUCACAUCCACCGUGAACAUCCCGACCGGGCUUUUUUUGAGAAAAUUCAGAGGUUUUCUUCUGUGUAGUUUGAUAUUUGGAUCUGCGAUCUGAUCCUUUCGCAUCGACGCGGAACGUUUUCGAAUCGAAUUGGUGAGGAUAGGUUCUGAAUUUUGGAAUUUCGGAGGUUUUGUUCGACGGUCUCUCUGAGGUUUUCACCGCCAUGGCUGCUCCGUUUUUCUCCACUCCAUUUCAGCCUUAUGUCUACCAGAGUCAAGAAGAUACGAUCACACCUUUCCAAAUUCUGGGUGGUGAAGCACAGGUUGUUCAGAUAAUGUUAAAACCACAGGAGAAGGUCAUUGCUAAGCCUGGUUCAAUGUGCUACAUGUCUGGGUCCGUUGAGAUGGACAAUACUUAUACCCCUGAACAAGAAGUUGGAGUUGUACAGUGGAUUUUAGGCAAGAGUGUUAGCAGUAUCGUUCUUCGCAACACCGGGCAAAAUGAUGGAUUUGUCGGUAUCGCUGCACCUUCUUUGGCAAGGAUUCUCCCAGUUGAUUUGGCCAUGUUUGGUGGCGACAUCCUUUGCCAGCCAGAUGCAUUUCUCUGUUCUGUCCAUGAUGUGAAGGUUGUAAACUCUGUUUUCCAGAGACAUAGAGCAAGAAACAUUGCUGCAGUUGGGGCUGAGGGGUUUCUGAGACAAAGGCUCUCUGGCCAGGGUCUUGCUUUUAUUAUCGCUGGUGGCUCUGUUGUACAGAAAAACCUUGAGGUGGGAGAAGUUCUCAACAUUGAUGUUUCUUGCAUUGCCGCUCUCACUCCCUCGAUCAAUUUCCAAAUCAAAUACAAUGCUACAGCUGUAAGACGGGCAGUCUUUGGGGGUGAUAACGUAGUAACAGCGACUCUAACGGGACCAGGCAUCGUGUUCAUCCAAAGUUUACCGUUUCAUCGACUCUCACAGCGAAUUGCUAGGUCGGUGACGUCCCCAAAUAUGAGAGAAAAUCCAAGAGUAUUAGUUCAAAUAGGAUUAUUCAUAUUUCUUGCAUACGUUGUAAUUGUGUCCUCUUUAAUCCUUACUGAAAUGUGAAAUAGACAGGUUUCUUUUGUUCCAUCCGCUGGAAACAUGCACUCACUUUUGUCUACUGUCUUCUCACAAUAUUUCAAGUUUAAAAGUAAUGUUGUUGGACGAGAUUGGACGACAUAAGUGUGUUUGUACGUAUAUAACGAGAUGAGAAAUUGCCUCAAAUAGCUCUUGAAAGAUAGUCUUUAUAGUGUGUAAAUUGCAAAUUUGACAAUAUCA